AUACAAAAGGAAACAAUAAGAAUAGGGAGAGCCUGGUGUCCUAUGGUCUUCCUUAAUAACAAUCCAUUUUCAAGAGACUGUAAUCUACUCAACAGAAAGCGUUCUACCAAGGAUAUUAAUCAGAUUCUAAGAAAAUUCACACUCAAAAUAAUAAGCCACUAAAACCAAAACAAUGUAGGUAUUAGCAGCUAUACAAGAAGUCAGCCUCUCUCUGAUGAGUCAUUUCUAAAAUAAUGAACAUCUACGUCUUUGCUUUGAAGUGUCUCUAUUCAAGCUGGAAAAUAUAUAAAGGUAGGAAUCACCUACAAAGUAGGUUGACUGAGAAAUUUUUCUUCAUUUUCCAUAGUCUUAUUUGACUCCAUGCAAACAUCAAACUAAGAAUGGCAAAAAUGAGUCUCUCUUCCUACCUAUUAAUACUAACUUUUUCUCUGUUUUCUCAAGGCAUUUUACUUUCAGCAUCCAAGUCCAUAAGAAAUUUAGAAGAUGACUUGGUAUUUAAUACAUUCAAGCUGGGGAAAGCCUUUCAGAAGGAAGAUACUCCACAAAAAGCAGUUGCUGCUCCUUCUCUGGAACAAUAUAAAAAUGAUGAGAGCAGUUUCAUGAAUGAUGAGGAAAACAAAAAUUCAAAGAACACAGACUCCAAACAUAAUUUCUUAAAUCAUGGUCUGCCACUGAAUCUGGCUAUAAAACCUUAUCUUGCACUAAAAGGAUCUGUAGCUUUUCCAGCUGAAAAUGGAGUUCAGAAUAUUGAAUCAACACAAGAAAAGAGAGAAAUUGGGGAUGAAGAAAACUCAGCUAAAUUUCCUAUAGGAAGGAGAGAUUUUGACAUGCUCAGAUGCAUGCUGGGAAGAGUCUACCGACCUUGCUGGCAAGUCUGAAACCUGUUGGACAACAUCAUCUUUUCCGAAGAAAACAAAAUCAUUUAAUUGUCUGUCGGGGAAAAAGCCCUUAACAUUACUAUGACUUGUGUUAUUUUAAAUGUUUGUUUCAAAAGAAAGCAGCUGCUAACAUAUAUCUGUAGCCUAAAUGAUAUGAUUCAUCUGUGCAUUAAACUUUGUGAAUAUUCUGCAUAAUGACUUACUAGUAUUUUUUAAA